AAAUAAAUAUAUUGAUUUUUCUCUUUGUCUUUCUCUCUCAUAGUCCGUUUUCCAUAAGAACUGUAUCAAAACAAAAAAAAAAAAAAAGGAAAAUUCCGCCAUUGACUGAUAGCUUCUGAGAUACCCAUAUGGGGCCUCUUGACUCAGAGCCAGAUCGGUCAUUUAGCUGGGUGUUAGCUGUUGAGAAAAAUCUGGGAGCAUUAGUAGGAGGGGCUUCUUAUUCCUCUUCAUGAUCUUCUGUAUUUGAGAAAUGGGUAUUCUUUAAUUUGGCUUUACAGGUUCCAGCAAUGGUGUUAAAGAAGAGAAAGGUAGUAAGCUGGAAAAUUUUCAAUUUUUCUAUUUAUCUGCAAAAAAUUAGCUCGUGGAAGAAGAUUUCGAUGAGCCCAAGAAAGUGAAAGUAGAAUCCGAAUCUAAAAACACCAAAUCAUCCUCAUCCUCCUCCUCAUCAUCAUCGUUUUCUUCUUUCUUUCUAGCUUUUUCUACCUAGAACCAAUCACAUUCUUCUUACCAGUCACCACUGCUACCUACCCCUGAUGCAGCUAAUAUUAUAUUGUUAAUAGACCAAAUUGAGCCAGUAAAGAAUAGACUGAACCUUCAAUUUUGUUUUGGCGAGGAGGGUUCACUCAUCUUGUGGCGUAAACUUGCUUUACAGGAGAAAAUUGGAUCAGGGUCUUUUGGAACUGAUUAUCGUGCUAAGUGGCGUGGCUCAUGGUUGCUUGUAUAAACUUUUUAGGAGGCCUUAUAUGUUGGAAUUAUACUCAAUGAAAGGCUUCGGUCGAAUAUGGCUUACAAUGUGAUUUCCAACUGCAAACCAAUCAAUUCAGGUUCUUUUGUCUGAAUCACAAGAAAUUCAAGGAUGAAUUUGAAUUUUGAAGAGCGGAUUCCAAUUCUAGAUGCAGACGGGUUUCAGUUUGGAAACUCUUGGGUGCCUGCAACUCCAGAGAAGCCACAUAUUUUGGGAAGAUCUACUGCAGUCUCAGGUAUCCAACAAGGUGGACAACAGGACCCAAUGAAUUCACUAGAAUUGACAUCAAAUACAGGAAGAUAUGCAUCAAAUUUUGACUGUUUGGGUCAAAUUUUCAAUGUAAAUUCACAAGGCCAAAAUAUGGAGUAUUUUAGGUAUUUAGACCGACCUUUGACAGAUAAUAACAUGAGGGCUAAUAGCGGAGCUAAUUCUCUUCAACAGUCUUUGCCUGAGGAUUUUGGUGACUUGAAUAAUAAUUUACCGUUCACGCAACUGUUGCAACAUGGAGGAGCUGCAGUCCCCUCAUCAAACACCUCACUUUUAAGACUUGUAGAAUUAGCAGCAGAAAUGCCAAAACAUUCACAUGAAAUGACCAAUAUCCAACAAGAUUGUGUCUCAGCCAGUUUCAAUCCAGGUGCUGGGUUCACUGGCAGCAUGGAGGGAAACCAAAUCGAUUAUUCGCAUUGGCAAGUCGGGAAAUGUUCGACUGAAUCCAACAUUGCUAAUCUGUUAAUCAGAGAACAGAGUGGAUGUUCGAGUUCUAACCCACUGAAUUAUGGUAGCAACUUACCCCAGACACUCAGCUAUGAUCCCUUCACAACGUCCAAGCCAAGCUAUGAUUUGAAUUUCUCACCAAGUAACUUUAAUGCUCCCACAAAUGUUGUGAACUCGCAUUAUUUCACACCAGUAACACCAAAUCAUGUUGCAAUGGAGAACCAGCGGUCUGCAUUACUAAAGUCCACAACUGAUGAAACACCAAGUCAGGAAAGAAACACAGCAAAUAAUCUAGUUGAAUGCAGAGAAGGUGAAGCAAUUCAACUACAUAGUGACGAACUCUUGCAAAAGAUUGUCGACUCAUCGUCCACAGCCAUUUCUACACCAUACAAAGAAAAUAAAGAUUCCGAGGAGAUAACUGAUCUGGGCAUUGAUCUGAAUGAGACACCACAGCAGAAAACACCAAAACGUAGGAAACACAGGCCCAAGGUAAUUGUAGAAGGCAAACCAAAAAGGGGCCGAAAGCCUAAAGUUCCAGAAAAUACAGAACCUAAGCAGCCAAAGAGGAAAUACGUGCGCAAAAAUGUUUCAAAGGAGUCAACAUCUCAAAUGGUGGAUAUUUUGGAGGGUCCAGGAAAUUCUAACACUGCAUUGCCCAAAAAGAGUAGCAAGAAAGUCUUAGAUUUUGAUUCGGAAACAAUUGGAGAUGCAAAUCUGGGCAACAUAGUGGCUCAGCAGGAGAUGCACAACAUGAAUGGAAAAGCUCCAAGUGUUACCUUGGACUACCAAGCAACAAAUACAAUUCCAUCAAUGAAUAGUGGCACUCCUGUUGAGCAUAUGGUAGAAAACCAUUUCAUGAAUCAAAUGCCAAAUGGACAUGUUAGUCAAUUUGAAAGGCAAGCAACUGUUCCUCAGUUUGAUUCAAUACAAGAUAUGCAUAUGAAAAAUUUCAAUGUAACUGGAGGAGAUGAAAUAAACAGAAAUGUUGAUCAACAGCUAAAGACGAAGGAAGAUGAAAAUGUUCUGAAACAGCAACAUGCAUGUGCAGUAGCAGUAGUCCAAGAUAGAGUUCAAGGAAGAGAUAAUUGUGAGAAACUUCAGAAGAUUAGAGAAACAAUGAAGCAGGCUAUGCCUCAGCCAGUUCCAAAGACCCCCUCCUCCAAUGAAGCAAAGGGGUCAAAAAGGGACCAUUGCCACACCACUGAACAUGCACAUCUCUCAACUGCAAAUCAUAUAGAUGCUAGUACAUUGUUGUACCAAGGAAUAUAUGAGUUUUGCUCAGGAUUUUCACAAACCACUAAGAAAAAGAAGAUUGGGUAUGACUGCAGAGACAUCGUGAACGUUCCUUCUAUUGUCAAUGCAGCUGAGGGUUUAGGAAAUGUUGAAACAACAACUGCACACGGUGUCAAUGCAAGUAGACUAUCAAAAGCUAAUUGCACAUUAUUGAAUACUGAAUCAAGCAAAAUUGCUUAUAGAGAUAUGAAUGAAGUCAGCAUAUUCAACAGCAACAGUUAUGAUUACUCUACCCCUUCAGAGCAUAAUAUGAAGCAACAUUCACAAACAGGAAAGAUAGGUUCUGCAAGGGCCCAUAAUUAUGCUAACAGACUUUCCACUGGAAUCACAAUUGAGAAAAGUAAACAUCUCUCAUCCCUUCUUGAGAAGUCCACCACACUUGGAAAUGGGCAAUUAUUUCAAGCUCGUUAUGCUGCCAUGUCAGAGAUAAAGCAGACUGUAAGAGCCCCGCUGAUAGAAUCAUCUUUGACAGUAUUGAACACAUCCUUGCCCAAGAAAAGAGGUCCAAAGAAGAAACAAACACAUCUUACAGCAAUAGAUGAAGUCAUUUACAAAUUUCAGAACCUUAAUCUCAAUGGAAGCAGCAAUGAAUUACUAAGGCCAGACCAAAAUGCACUUGUCUUAUACAAAGGAAAUGGUCCAGUUGUUCCGUAUGGGGGUUUCGAGUUUAUCAAGAAGCGUAAACCACGACCUAAAGUGGACCUUGAUCCAGAAACAAACAGGAUUUGGAAUCUUUUGAUGGGCAAGGAAGGAAGUGAAGACCAAGAAGGAACAGAUAAGAAAAAGGAGAAGUGGUGGGAAGAGGAGAGAAAAGUAUUUAGUGGGAGAGUUGAUUCUUUCAUUGCACGGAUGCAUCUAGUUCAAGGAGACAGGCGUUUCUCUAGAUGGAAAGGAUCAGUUGUUGAUUCAGUGAUUGGAGUCUUCCUUACUCAAAAUGUCUCAGACCAUCUUUCAAGGUACACUCAACAACAGAUAAUUAUUUUUAAACCAAAUGGCCAUAAAAUGUUCAAUAAAAGCAUUUUGUAUCCUUUAUGCAGCUCUGCCUUCAUGUCUCUGGCUGCACGAUUUCCUCCUAAGUCAGCACGCAAUAGCACGCAAGAUAAUUUUAACACAGCAAUAAAAGGUAAAGCAAUAAUCCCCAUAAUAAAUCUAAAUGACACCAUCAAAUGGCACGACGACUCAAGAGAACCAAUCAACAAUCAACACACAGCACCCCAUCAAUCUGCUGAUGGUCAAUGGAGAGAUAAUACAGCAAUGACCAUAGGAAACUUGACAGAACCACAAAGCCAAAGUUCAGAAGAAGAAAUCAUAUUGUCCCAAAAUUCGUUUGAUUCCUCAGUCACUCAAGCUACUGGUGGAAUUAGAUCCUGUUCAGGCUCAAACUCAGAGGCAGAAGAUCCCUGUACUGGAUGGAAACCUAGCAACACUCAAGUUUCAUCUCUAAGGGAUUAUCCUAUGAAACAUCCUGAUUUCCCUUAUUCAAACAAUCCAGACUAUCUGUACAGGCAACCAGCUCCCCAUUCUGGAAAUAGUCAGUUGUGUAUGACAACUGGGCCUAGAGCACCGGAAGUAUGUUGCUUUGAAAACUUCAGUGAAGAAAGCACAUCAUCUUGGCAUUCAACCAGUUCGAGAUCAGCAAAAGGGUCAGAUACAACUUCCAGAACCUCAUGUAGUGAACAAGCUGAAUGUUUCGGUAACAGCUCUGAGCAACAGAAUCAAGGCUGGAAGUCUCAAGAAACACCAUCAGCUGACCCUUGUGCAUUAUUAAGCUCACAAUUAACAAGCCAAGAAGCACUUCAUUCAGACACCGAAUACAAUCGAUCUUCUUGCAGUAAUUAUCAGCAUUUGAAGAGUGAUAUGUUUCAAGCAGAAAGCAGUUCACUAACAAACCCUGCCAAAUUUUCUGAUGCACCUGCCAAGAUGCAGGAAGCAACUGCACAGACUGUUUCACAUGAUAAUAAGCUCACAGAAAAAUCUUUUGAAGCUGGCGAUAGUAUUUCUGCAGUAAGUAUCCAGAUGGAGAAACAUAAUAAGUUGGUAGAGCAAAGCUCUGACCAUACUCCAAAUGCUGCCCACAAAAAAAUUUCGAAAGCAAAAAGAGGAAAUUCUACAGGUCAAAAUAAUAAUGAAGUUGACUGGGACAACUUAAGGAAGCGGGUAGAGAUCGGUGGUGACAAAAAAGAAAAAAGCAAAGAUGCAAUGGACUCAAUCGACUAUGAAGCUAUUAGAACAGCUAAUGUUAAAGAUAUUUCUGAUGCCAUCAGAGAACGAGGAAUGAACAACAUGCUAGCAGAACGAAUCAAGGAAUUCCUAAACCGCAUAGUCAAAGACCAUGGAAGCAUUGACCUUGAAUGGUUAAGAGAUGUUCCCCCUGAUGAAGCAAAGGAUUACUUACUAAGCAUCCGAGGACUAGGUUUGAAAAGUGUGGAGUGUGUGCGGCUUUUGACACUUCAUCAUCUUGCUUUCCCGGUUGAUACAAAUGUAGGAAGAAUAGCAGUACGACUGGGUUGGGUACCCCUCCAACCACUUCCAGAGUCACUUCAAUUACACCUUCUGGAACUGUACCCGGUACUGGAGACAAUUCAAAAGUAUCUUUGGCCAAGAUUAUGCAAACUUGAUCAACGAACACUAUACGAGCUACACUACCAGAUGAUUACAUUUGGAAAGGUCUUCUGUACAAAGAGUAAACCAAACUGCAAUGCAUGUCCCAUGAGAGGAGAAUGCAGACACUUCGCAAGUGCUUUUGCCAGUGCAAGACUAGCCCUACCAGGCCCAGAAGAGAAAAGAAUUGUGACUUCCAUUGAUCCUACAGGACCCACACCAGUUAACAGUCCUGCUGUAGUUAUGAAUCCUGCACUACUACCUCCACCAGAGAACAAUGUACUUGCAGAAUCUGGCUCUAAAAUUGACAAGUGUGAACCAAUCAUUGAAGAGCCUGCAACACCAGAGCAAGAAUGCAUAGAGGUGUCACAAAGUGACAUUGAGGACUCCUUCUAUGAGGACCCUGAUGAGAUCCCAACUAUAAAACUCAACAUUGAACAGUUCACACAAACCUUACAAAACUACAUGCAAAAGAACAUGGAGCUCCAAGAGGGCGACAUGUCCAAGGCUUUAGUUGCCUUGAAUCCAGAAGCCACCUCCAUUCCUAUACCUAAACUGAAGAAUGUCAGUAGACUUCGAACUGAACACCAAGUGUAUGAACUACCAGACUCACAUCCUUUAUUGGAACGGCUUGACAAACGAGAACCAGAUGACCCAAGUCCUUAUCUUCUUGCUAUAUGGACACCAGGUGAGACAGCAAAUUCCAUUCAACCAUCAGAAAGAAGUUGUAGUUCCAACCAACCAGACAAAUUAUGCGAUGAGAAGACAUGCUUUUCAUGCAAUAGUAUUAGAGAAACAAAUUCACAAACCGUAAGAGGGACAAUUUUGAUACCUUGUAGAACAGCAAUGAGAGGAAGCUUUCCACUUAAUGGCACAUAUUUUCAAGUUAAUGAGAUGUUUGCAGAUCAUGAUUCAAGUCUCAAUCCUAUCAAUGUUCCUAGAGAGUGGAUAUGGAAUUUGCCAAGAAGGAUGGUAUACUUUGGAACUUCUGUAUCAACAAUUUUCAAAGGCCUAUCAACAGAAGGAAUUCAGUUUUGCUUUUGGAAAGGAUUCGUCUGUGUGAGGGGAUUUGACGUGACAACUAGGGCACCUCGACCUUUGAUAGCCAGAUUGCAUUUCCCCGCAAGUAAGUUGAUCAAGACAAAAAAUGAUGACAAAAGAUGAAAGAGAAUGAGUGACAUAUGCUUACCAGCAGCAGGUGCAAAAUAAGGGUCUGUUGCGCAAAACAGAUAAGACUACUCACAGGGUAAAAUAGGUCACUAACUGAUUGUUGUACAUCACCAACCAUUCUUCUUCCUCUAACCUGAAAUGGAUUUUGCCACAUUUUGGCCAAGCAGGGAGCACAAAGCAUGUUCAACAUGCUAUCCCAUAAUAAGCGGGAAGUAAUUUGUACAAGACUAGAUAGAUAAACAUUGUUAUUGUUUCAACUUUGCUAAGCAAAGCACAUUUCAUUAUCCAAUGUCACUCCCCAAAGAGAUGAAAUAAUCGAGUAGUUUUGAUUCAUCCUAAACAAAA